AUGGCUCGUGACAAAUUAACAGAACAUGGUGAGGAGAACAUGGUAUAUUCAUCCACUGUAUAUCACCGACUAACAGUUGUUUUAGUUCUUUUCAAUACCACCGAAUAUAAUGCAGAAUAUACACCAACUAACUCUCUGUAUUCGGAUAUUUCUGACGACGUUUUAAGAACUGUGUGCAUUAAGCGUAUAAAUCUAAACGUGGCACUGCAUAGUUCUAUUUUAAUCACUAUUUGUGUGGGCAUUGUCUGCGUACAAAUUGUACGUCGAGUUUUGCCAUGGCUGUAUCUGAAUAUCUUUGGUCCCGUUCUGUUUGGACCAAGGAUCGAUUUACGCCGGUUAGGAGCUUGGGCUGUUGUAACGGGUGCCACCGAUGGAACUGGAAAAAGCUACGCCAAAGCGCUUGCUAAGAAGGGCAUUAAUGUGAUUCUCAUAAGUCGUUCACUAUCUAAAUUAGAAGCUGUAGCUAAAGAAUUAACUAAUGCUUAUAAGGUUCAAAUAAAAAUUAUUGAAAUUGAUUUCACUGAUGGUCCCCAAAUAUAUCAGACAGUACAGAAGAAUAUUGAAGGUCUCGAUAUUGGAGUACUUGUUAAUAAUGUUACCACGAGUUAUGCACAUCCCGAAUUCUUUCUCGAACACAUCACUCAGCAUCCCAAAUUUUUACGUGAUGUUAUAUCAGUCAAUAUACAUUCGGUUACUCAUAUGUGCGCUCUAAUACUACCCCAUAUGAUCGCCAAGAAAAAAGGUGUCAUCAUUAAUUUGUCAUCAACUGCUGCAGUUAUACCCAGCCCUUUACUUAGUUUAUAUGGCGGCACAAAAGCGUUUGUUGAUAAAUUCAGCAAAGACUUACAAACAGAAUAUCAGAGUCAAGGUAUUACAGUACAAAGUGUUCGACCAGACUUUUUAAUAACGCAUAUGGCGAAACUUCGGAAGACUACACAUCUCCCUUUAUCAGCAGAUUGGUACGUAUCAUCUGCUUUGAAAACAGUUGGCAUUGCUGGACAAACGACUGGGGACUCUCUACAUGCAAUACGUCUGUUGCGCUUUCAAUUCCUGAAUGCUAUAGUCGGUAAUCAGAUCGUUAGAAAUAUUAUUUUUAAUAUCAAUUUUUGUAUACGUAUUAUCGGUUUGAUGAUGCGCAGAUAA